AUGUGCGGCAUGCCGCCCGGUGUGAUGUCUUACUUACCAAAACCGAUGGGUCUAUCACAACCACGAUUCUUCUUUCCACCAACUGUCAUACCAGCCUCCCGAUCAACUCGACCAUGGUGGUCAACAACUGCUGCAGCUGGUAGAAUCCGAUCUCAAACUGGAGGUCAAACGAUGGAUACGAUAAUGCCACCAAACGUAUGCACCACUGCGGAAAUCAAGCUGCAUAUAAAAGUUCAAUUGUUAGGAAACAAAACACACAUUAGGCGAACAUUUGAUCCAAUAUAUGCAACCGUUAAUGCGAUUUUAGAAAACGAUAAUGUUGUACCGCCCCAUGUACUUGAAUCUCGUGAAGUACUCAAAACUAAAGUCGGAUAA